UCAAGUUUUUGAGUGAUUUACCUGCUGUAGUUGGUAGAUUUUUUCCAACUUUGUUUUGAUAUCCUGAACUGACAUCGUUUCCCUCAAUACUUCUUUGAAGUCAUGUAUAUUGCCGAAUUUAUUGACUAAUUGUCGAAAAUUCGUAAAAACAACUACUUCCAAUCUUAUCAUGGAGCGGAAAUACGGACGUCAUAUUCAAAGGCMAAAAGCGUCGUCGUGUUGUCGUGAUUCAGGACAAAAUACAAACUUUUCUCGCUUUUCAAAUGGAUGAUUAGAUAACCCAAUAUUUUGACCAUUGUUAUUACUUUUGUGUCCGUCAAAUGUCUUUACUUUAAGCGUCCAUUCAACCACAAGGGAUAUUACUAACCCUUCCCUUCCGUUCUAUCGGUUUGUCCGUGACUAGACUAGCAAUUUUCUGCUCAGAGCCAGAGAGUCAAGUUGUCUUUAUCGCGUAACAGUUGUGUCGAGUGUUUCAAAGGAGAUAGGAUAGGAAAUGGUYUUUGCCGCUGUUCAAGACACUGCCACUCUAAGUGAUACUGAGGGCUACAGUAAGAGCCGCCGUCCUCGCCGUCGUACCACUGGAGGAGCGGAAAUCGACAAUGAUCUUCAAAAGGCAAAGUCAGGAUAUUCAAGUGACCCMGARGGGCCUCAYGGGGGAACUCUUAAUCGUCAGCAAAUCAUUGCCAUGGUUAAAGAAAGGUUUGGUUUGAAUCCCAAUGCCCCAAGCAGUGCUGGGAGAGCAACAGUGACUAUAAAAGAAGAAGCACAUGGACCUCCGUCACCAUCUUCACCAAAACAACAACGGUAUGAUAAAUUGCUAGGAACACCAGGUGUYUAUCCAACUCUACCCAGGAAGGAAGACAUUUCUCAACCAGUCAAUACACCAGGUGUAGUAUAUCUUCAGCUGGGGGAUGAAAUAAGACGAGCUAUGAUUCCUACAAAUAUGAACAAAGUUGAUCAAGUCCACAAUUUAUUUGAAAAUACAUUCACAGACAAGUWCAAAAGAGAAACCAAUAAUAACAGGAAAACCAUCUAUAUCAAAGAUAGUUCUUGYGGGAUCUUUUACGAGCUGGAAGAUGUAACUGACCUUAGUAACAAAUCACAUCUAAAGAUUUUGGAUACUGCUCCCAAACCUGUCCAGAAUGGCCCUGUUUCAAAACCAUCUUCAAGUGCUUCUGUUAGUUAUAGUGGCCCAUCRGCUGUGCAUGUACAGAAACAGUUUGUAACCAGUACCCCCAAACCUAACCAUAGCCAUACAGUGCACARUGAUCCAUUGCAGACUAGCCCUACAGGGAAUUACCAAUGGAAAACCACAAUUACAGAAACAAGGACUAUGGAUGGYCAACCACGUACUGUCACACAGACAGCUGUAUCACAAGGGACUUUAAUGGACAAGAAGAAGGUUCCUCUUCCUGGUUUAGGAACACAGCUCCCACAUGAYAAGAAGAGGGCGGGAAAAGAUCAAUUAGUGGAGGAUCAACUGGAUUCUCUCACGUCAAUGUUACAGGAAGCACUAACCAAGACAGAAAGCCUUGACAGUCUACCAAUCAGGAACGACAGUGGUUCCAGCUCACAAAGUAGCUUUGUUGACCAUGGUCCCCCUGAAGGUAAUGGCGACCAUCAUUAUAUAGGAAAAGUGGGAGCUUACUAUAGGUCGCGAAUGAGGAGUGAUUCAGGUGCUGAAUCCAUGUCAGACACACCACCAACACCCCCAGAAGUGAAACCAAAGCCAACAUCAAGCCUUCCCACUCCUCCCCCCAGAGCAUCCAGUCGAAAUGUCUCCAGAGAGACUUCCAUGAAAUACAGUCAAUCACUUCAAAGAGAAACACCGUCAGGGGCUAAGAAAAGUCUGAUUCAGCAGUAUGGCACACUGCCUGUGCAGUCGUCCACCAAGCAUCCAGUACAGAACAGACCUGUAGACAUGCCAAGUCCAGUGCAUGUCAAAUACGAGGGUAGCGGCARUGUAGCAAACAAGACAAAACUACGUUCCAAAGCCAACGAUCUAAGAGAAGACGUCAAAAUCCUCCGAUCUCAACUUGGUCAACUCAAGCARAUUCAUAGCUUCCAGGCGAAGUCUUUUGAAGAAAUGAUGAGUAACGCUAAAGAUCAGAUUCUGGUGUCGAUGAGAAGAUUAGCUUCAGCUACCCAUGAAAGCCCACAGCAAACAGCUCGAAACAAAAUCCACGAAGAAGAAAUGAGAUAUAUCAAAGCAAAGAAUGAAAUCAAUCGAGCUAUCAGCGAACUUGAAAGCGAAGUGGAAAUGGUCAGACUUGACGUUAUUCAAAGGCGACAUAUUGGCAGCCCUGAAGAGGUUCAAAGCAUGAACAGCCAAAUGGCUAUUAUUAGCAGACAAAUAGCUGAUCUACGCAGUCAAUUCACCGAGUUACACGAUAACAUGAAGUCUGCAAUGGCAGGAGAAUUGAGUAUUAUCGUACAAGGAGACAAAUUCCUCAAAGAAGAACCCUCGAAACUCGAUAACCUUGUCAGUAGGUGCAAACAUGUUACUGGGACACUCUUCACCUUACAAAAGUUGAUUGCUGGUCUCGAACAAAUGAAGAGUGAAAGUCAGAUAUCGUUUAGUUCAUUAGAUGAAGUUGAUAAAGAUCUAUUGGACAGUAUAAGAUCGUCUCAACAACACAGGACACCRUCUGACGCACACGAGGACUCAAGGAACAAGACCCGUCCUCGAGUGAGAUUUAACGACGAGGUGAAUUUUGAACAUUAAGUCAACCCAGAAYCUAAUAGAUUAGCAUCCCCGGCCAAAUCCAUCCAUGGUGGUUCUCCGAAGAACUGUCCGAGARGAGKUCCUGUUGGUUGACGAUCYUUGCUUGAAAUGGAUGGCUUGGAAACGAGAUGUGUAGCGCAGAAGUGUGUUCUUGAUGUCGAYCAUUUCGACAUGGCURACUAUCGAUCAUUUUGUCUUCCCGCGAUACCCUUCGCAACUAGCUGUAUCGUCAUUUGGGAAUGACUACUUUGUACUAUAUGACAGCCCUGAGCUACCUUUCUAGACUUUUGAACUGACGCAAGUCCUGUAGAAAGGACUAAUACCUUWUUGUGGUGGAAAGGUUUUUGCUACUUUGUUUUCGUGAAAAAAGGGAAAGUGAUGGUUUUUACACUGUAAAAAUGAAAUGCUAUUGAACAUUAAUGAAUGUCCAGAUAAUUUGCUCCUCACUGAAGACUUUUCCACACACCUCAUUAAUAUUAUAGAUUAUUUUUUCAAAAAAACGUGAAAGAGAAAUUUAAAAAAUGUACUGUAUUUCUUAACUUAAUGUUGACAGACAUCUUUUUAACUGAAUUUGUACCAUACCACAGAAGAGGAACUAAUGAUAAUUGGGGGUCUGCAAAGAUGAAAGGAAAUCGCCCCUGCAGAACAUUUUUAUUGCAAGACAUUUCAGUACGGAGCAGUAACGAUAUACUUAUUACGCAGUAAAGAUAUUCUCACAAAUUUUAAUUGAUUUUAUUUGUUUUUAGUGUAUAGCAAUUUUUUAACUAACAAUAGAUAAAGGUCAUGUAGCAUAUAUAAUAAGCGAAAGCAAAAUUAAACUGAGACUUUUUAUAGUU